AAAAAAUGCUGGCAGAUUUUGCUUCGUUUUUCUUUUUUUCCCACUGAUGGAUGUUUUGCACCCUGAGAUAGUGGGCUGUGCUGUGAAAGGAUUAAACAGAAUAUGCUUGUUUGCAGGAGCGGAGAAUGGGGGCGUUUUUCCUGGAGGUUGUUGCUGAAGGUCUCUCUGCCCCGAGAACAGAGAUGUGGGGCUCCUAAGAGAGCACCCCUUCCCCAACCCUCACCACGAAGCUAGGCCUCUGCCGCGCCUGCUUUGUCCGUGAGCCAAAAUCCCCUUUAUUUGUGAAAUCCCUGGCCUGCAUGAAAGUGCUGGAAGAGCAUCAAGAAUCCAGGAAUUGCAACAUAUUUGGACAUUUAAGUGCUGGCUCUUCCUUCUGCCUUAAAUGAGCCGUUUGUUCUUCUCAUUUAGAAUAUAAAACUCCACCUCGGGAAUAAUAAAUGUGAGAUUCUGGGCAACAAGACAGCCAUGGUCCAGCUUGGAAAGGAAUGCGCCACUGCAGCCUGGCUGGGGGUGGGGUGGGAGCUCCCUCUGCCCUGGUGAUUGUGGGCAUCUGCCUUUGGGGACUGCUCCCCCCUCCAUCCAGCUGGGAUGUUCUCUUGAUAUCCUCUGAAGCCUGCUUGGCGGCUGGCAUCGUGGCCAGAGCUUCAAAGAACAUCACUGGACGCUCUCUUAUCGGCUGGCUUGGCUCGAGGGGCCCUGGAGCCAGGCGGCUCUCCUAUCGCUGUCUUGCCCCUUCUGAAACAUGGCCAGUGCCCGGAAGGUGGUACUUCCCCCUCCUUCUGUCUGGCAGUUCCCAUGCUCCAGCCUCCCAGAGAUGGGGUAGCUCUUGCUCUCCCAACCCCUGGCCUGCUGACCCAUGCCAGCCAGGCUGGGCUGGCCUGAAGUGGAGGCCCUGCGGAGAUGGGGAAGGGAGCCCCCAGGGCACCCCCCUUGUCUGGCAGUGGCAAGGAUGGGCCUGUCAACGUUCCAAAGCCAUUUGGGGCACACCUUAGUCACUGGGGAGGGAGGAGGUCAGGACCCUGGGAAGGGGGGGGCAAUCAGGCAGCAUUCAGGGACCCUGUUCAGGGACCCCCAUGGCUUGGCUCUGGACAAGCACAGCCAAGGUAGUGCAGGCAGCCCGCCAGGCCCCCGGCGUCGUUUUUCCCCUUGCUGGUUUUUCAUCUGUUGAGCAAUCUGCGCCCUCCUGCCCCCCACCCCCACCCGAGGCUUCGUUCACUCCAGUCCCAAACCUGAGGGGGUAAGAAGGGAAUGCGGCUGGGGAAGUAGAAGGGGAAGAGAGGCUGCAGAGACGCUCAAACACGCCGGAAACGCAGGCCCGGGUAGGAGGCUGUUGUCGGGCCAGGGCGGGAGGGGGCAGGUCGGGGCCGGCCCCUGCGCCCAGCUGCCUCUCCUGUCUCCGCCCUUUCGGGGUGCGGGGCCCCGGGAGUGUUUAGGGGCGGCUGCUUCCGCAUGGCCGAGGCGAACGUGCGAAGCGUCUCCAGCCCCGGCUGGCGGAGCGAUUCUGAAAGCGCGAGAUCCGGAUCGGUGCAAGGGAGCCAAUGGCCGUGCAGUUUGGGAAUUGUAGUCCCUGGAAAGCGGGCCCCCCGCUCUUUUGGGCUGAUGGCUAAAGAUGGAGGAGGAGCAGAAGUCCACCCUGGCAACCAGGUGGCUGCCGGGAUCCAGGAGACACCGUGCAGCCUGGAAGACGACGAGGUUUUCCUGAGCACCGAGGCCCCAGCGUCACCGAGGCCCAGCACCGCCCUGGCCAGUCCCUUCCGCCACUGCAGCGUGGAGGAACUUUAUGAGCUGCUGGAGCAGUUGGGCAGCGGACACUUUGGGGUGGUCCGACGCUGCCAGGAACGGAGCACCAGCCUUUUCUACGCUGCCAAAUCCAUCAAGGUGAGGAAACGGAAGGGCAGCCGGCUGGGGCUGGACCGCGAGCAGGUGGAGCGCGAAGUCUGCAUCCUGCAGCAGCUUCAGCACCCCAACAUUAUGCGCCUCCAUGACGUCUUCACCAACAAGGCCGAGAUGGUGCUGAUCCUGGAGCUCAUCCAGGGUGGUGAACUGUUUGACUUCAUUGCGGAGAAGGAGGUGCUGUCCGAGGACGAGGCCAUUGAGUUCCUGCAGCAGAUCCUUCUCGGCUUAGCCUACAUGCACUCCCGCCAUGUCGCUCACUUCGACCUCAAGCCGGAGAAUGUCAUGCUGCUUCAGAAGGACGUCCCCAACCCCAGGAUCAAGAUUAUUGAUUUCGGGCUGGCGCAGAAACUGGAGGAAGGGGCGCCCUACAAAAGCCUCUGCGGGACCCCCCAGUACAUUGCUCCUGAAGUGAUCAACUACGAGGCCCUGAGCACCGCAACGGACAUGUGGAGCAUCGGGGUGAUUACCUACAUCUUGCUGAGCGGCAUGUCCCCAUUCCAGGGGGAGACGGAUGAGGAGACCCUCUCCAACGUCGUCUCCGGGAAUUACGAGUUCGAGGAGAAGUACUUCGGCCAGACCUCGGAGAUGGCCAGGGACUUCAUCCAGAAACUCCUGGUGAAGGAGCCCAGGGACCGAAUGACGGCAGCCAAGUGCCUCCUUCACCCGUGGAUCAAGCCGCUGACCCGGAAGCAGGCCACGAACAGGAGCCGCUCCUCCAUCAACAUGAGGAACUUCCGCAAGUUCAAUGCCCGCCGGAAGUGGAAGCUCUCCUACAACAUGGUCUCGGCGUGCAACCGACUCUGCCAGCUGCGGCUCCUGUGUCAGCAGAAGACGGAGGAGGCCCUGGUGGCCCUGCAGCGGGACUGCGAGAGCGACCAGGAGGACCAGCCCAGCAGCCCAGCGGUCCUGCUCCGCAGGCGGCGAAGCAUCUGCUCCUGAGUCCGUCACCGGCUCCCGUCCGCCCACCCCUCGCCCUUCCGCCAGUGCUCAGACGCCGGGGCAGUGGCGUCACCUGCCGGUCCUGAACGGGAGAAGAGGCUCCCCGGUCGGAGGACGCACUUUGUUCUUCUGGAUGGCGGCAGUGAGGGGGCCCCUGCUGCCCCCCAGCAUGCGUGGCGUGGCACUUCCCUUGCCCUGCCGGAGGGAACCUGCGUGAGCUCCUUCCCGGCCUCACAGCCCCGUCCAGUGUGUCGGCUUCUUGACCCUCCCUUGGCUGCCCCCACCCGCCCAGCAGAGCGGCCUGCAGCAGGGGUGGGGGCAGAGGCAGCCUUGCAGGAGGUCCCCUUUCGAGGCCCCUCAAAAAGUCCAAUGGGGGAGCUGGAAGAUUCCCCGACGGGGAGUCCUGCACGUCUCUCCCCCUGCUGUGCUCCUUGACCCGUGUUUUCAUGGCUGUGGGGAAAGGCGGCCCGGCCAGGUCCUUUCAAUCCAACGGGGGGGGGGCUCGCUGCUGCCCCCGCCCCCCUGGCUCCCACUGCUCCCUUUGGAGAACAGACACUCUCCCCAGGCGUCUGAACAAGAACAGAUUUGAGCAAGUGCCUGGCUGGUUGUAAUUUAAAA